CACGCAGACACGACUGAAGACGGACACAAUGAGAAUCAAUCAAAAACAACCAGAGAUAACUCUAUACCGCGGCUUCCCCGGCACGGGGAUCUACACAUGGUCACCCUUCGUCACGAAACUUGAAGUCCGGCUCCGGUUUAGAGGACUAUCUUAUCGCACUGAAAGUGGGUCUGUUCGCGCGGCGCCACGGGGAAAAGUGCCUUAUGUUACUAUUUGCGAUGAAGACAAAUCUGGGCCAGAUCAGGCUCGGACAAUGUCUGAUUCGGAUCUCAUCAUACAGGAUCUCGUCAAUGACGAUAUCCUCCCAGACCUAAAUGGCGACUUGAGUGUUCAGGACAAGGUUCUUGACUCGGGGAUUAGAGCGUUGUUGGAAGACAAACUGUACUUUUUGCAGGGUUAUGAAAAAUGGAUUGACAAUUACUAUUCCAUGCGGGAGCAUAUCCUAGCCUCACUGCCGUAUCCUGUCCGGAUAAUCGUGGGACAUCUCAUCUACCGGAAACAGUAUCAGACGUUGCAUGGGCAAGGGACAUUACGCUAUUCGGCAGAAGAACGGAGCGCAUUCAAGAAACAGAUAUGGGAGGAUAUUAACGCCUUGUUAGAGGAUUCCAGGUUGCAGAGUGAUCGCAAGGGACCGUAUUGGGUGCUUGGGGGUCUGCAUCCAACUGAGGCUGAUGCUACGCUGUUUGGGUUCAUUGUGGGGGCUUUGAUCUGUACCGCGUGUCCUGAAACGCAGGCGAUCGUGAGAGGAUUACCAGUUCUGGUAGAUUAUGCGCAGAGGAUUCAUGAUCGGUACUUUCCGGAUUAUGAGCUUUGGGCGGAGGAGUAG